AUGGCCCCAAAGGCAAAGAAUAACCAGCCGUCCCAGAAGAAUACCCUCCUGGGAUUCCUCAACAAGGGCUCCGAGUCGCCCACCAAGAAUCAAUCGAGCCAUGUCGUGCCGGCAGAGCGACCGGUCAAACGAGAACGAGAAGAAGCCGUCGCUGGACCCUCCAGGAUUGUCAAAACCCCUAGCAAAGUUAGCCGAAAGGGGAAACGGAAAGAAACACAGGUGGACGGGUCUGCCCAUGAUCCUGUAGUCAUCAGCGACGACGAUGACAUCGAGCUUCUUUCUCGCCCUGUGAGCCCAAAACGUCGCAAGACAACCAAAACGACAACGCCUGUGGUGAAGAAACCUGCCUCUCCAGACUCCCCCGUCUUUGCUGGCUACCCCGAUUUCGAGCCUCCCCCGUCAUGGCCCAAGGUCAUCAAUACCGCCGCUAUCGACGAUGAAGAUGGUGUCCCGCCCAGCGAUGAGGAUGACGCGAGGGAUCAGGACCCCGAAGAUGGGCAGCUGGAAGAGGAUGAUUCAGGGGUGGAGAUGGAGGAUGAUGAGCCUAGGCAUCCAGCGAGAGGGAUGGGUCUGAGCCCAUCUGGGUCUGGUGUUGAAGGAAGCUUGGGUGGUAUGGACUGGGAAGAGCCCGAUGAGGGAAUGGGCAUGGAGGGUUAUGGAGACGAAGAGGAUGAACCACCUUCCAUGAAGGAUGGUGGAAAAUCCUCUCGACCUAUAUCAUCCUUCUCUUUUACCCCACCGGCAGAACCGUCACCGCCCCCGCCGCCUCCGACGAAAGGCCCGAACGCUUUUUCAUUGCUCAUGUCUGGCCACAAGGAGCGUGAGCAGUGGAAGGUGGCCGAAGAUGAUCUGAGGCGUGACGGGACGAGAGUGGUCGGAAGGAGGAAGGCGCCCUUCUACAAGGUCAUGACGGGCAUGCCGGUAGCUGUCGACGCAUUUCGCUACGGCAAGAUUCCUGGUGUCACCGCCUACCUUCUCACGCAUGCUCAUUCGGAUCACUAUACCAACCUCUCCAAGUCCUGGACACACGGUCCCAUCUACUGCUCUGAAACGACGGCCAACCUCAUUGUCCACAUGCUGCAAGUAAACCCCAAGUAUGUGCAUGGCCUCCCCGACAACAUCCCUUUUGAAAUGCCCAAUACCGGCGGAGUCAAGGUAACGCCUCUAGAAGCAAACCACUGUCCGGGUUCUUCGAUAUUCUUGUUCGAAGGGCCUCAAACAAUAAAUGCGGGUGAUUCGGGGUUUGCAAGUGCAUAUGUCGGGACCAAGAGGAUCUUUAGGUAUCUCCACUGUGGGGACUUUCGAGCAAAUCCGAAAAUGAUUCUUCAUCCUGCUAUCGCCCGUGCCCCCAUACACACCUGUUAUCUCGACACAACAUAUCUCAACCCCAAAUACUGCUUCCCUCCCCAGCCUCUCGUCAUCUCCGCCUGCGCUACUUUGGCCCGACGGCAAAUAGUGGGCGAGUCCCCCUCUGCGCCGAAUUUGGAAGAGGUCAAAAGAGGAGAGGUGACGGGGGUGGGUCUCAGUGUGGGCUCGGAGGGGUUGAGUGGCAAAGCCAAUGUGGUGGUGAAAGGCGAGGAUGGAAAGGAGACUGUUGUGGAGGCGGUGGUGAAGAAGGAGAAUGGGGCGGGGGAGCGGGAUAGGAUGCAGGGAUGGCUGGUGAAGAAGGAGGUCAAAGAUGAAAUCAAGGGUGAAAUCGUGGAUGAGGAGUUGAAAAGUGUCAAGGAAGAGAAGAAGAAGGGACGGACUCUUGUAGUCAUCGGGACCUAUUCUAUAGGUAAAGAGAGGAUAGUGAAGGGCAACCGUUGCGAAAGCUAUAGGGCCCAGGUUCACCUGCUCCCACUUGGCAACAUCCAAGCCGACCGUCUCCAUCCCUACCUCGCCAACCUCCAUCCCCACUUUGACCGUGUCCUCGGAUUCCGUCCCACCGGCUGGAGUUACUCUCCGCCGGCAGGGGUGGAUAUGAUGCCGGAUGUGAAUACGGUUAUAAGACGGGAUCAGGCGAGGAGGUUUGGCGAGGGAGAUCUGAAGGCAAUGAGGGGAAGUGGGAAGGAUCUCAUGAUGUAUGGGGUUCCGUAUUCCGAGCACUCGAGCUUUUUCGAGUUGACUUGCUUUGCACUGUCGCUGCCAGGCCCAGACCUCAAGAUGAUAGCCACAGUCAACGUCGGUAAUGAAAAGAGGCAAGUCUUCAUCUCUGUCUACGAGGCGAUUCUGACCUGCCACCAGUCGAGCAAAGAUGAAAAAGUGGUUUGA